UUUGUAGAUUAGAUUAAAUAUACUUUGUGUUAUUGAGAUUGAAACGUCAUGCUGCAUAUUAUUAACUUGAGAUGGGUAAAUAAACAAAAGAAAAGAGGGUUAUCCGUUAAUCAAGGGAAAGGUUAGAAAUCAAGCAAAUAUUGCAAAAGGCUCUAGAUUUUACUAGCACACGUAUAUACUCAAAUUAGAUUAUUUCAAGGUUGUAAAUAAGUAGAAGAGAGAGAAAUACUGCCAUUUGAUCAAAUGAAAAACAACCCUUAACAAAAAAAAUAAAUAGAAAGGAAAAAGAGGGAGAGGGAAAAAAAAAAAAAAAACAAACUUUGAAAUAAAUAUAUGAAAGCUUGAAUUGGUUUUUAUAAUUUAAUUUCUUACAUAACUAUACAAUUUCUCUAAGUGAUUCUUCUUAUCCUACAUCUCCUCUGCGUUCUCCUUUCGAGGAAUUGAGGCGCGGAGGAGGUACAACAUAAGAAGAAUACACACAAAGAAAAAGAAGAGAGGGGUUAAGGAUUAAUUAAGGCAACCACGAACAAAGAAGGUUAAAUUGAUAAUAUAUGAUGUGGAAUCGCGAACAACAACACCACCUUCAACAACAACUACUACCACCACCACAAAGUAAUGUUGUUGGUGAGGCUAAGAAAAAUGGUGAAGUUGCUGUUGCAAUUGAUAAGGAUAAAGGAAGCCAAUAUGCCCUAAAAUGGGCUGUUGACCAUGUUCUUAACAAGGGUCAAACUGUUACUUUGCUCCAUGUUAAGCAAAGAAAUUCUUCCAAUUCCUUUAUAAAUUCGCCGACGCCCCUCUCUGAUAGUCAUGAAGAUGUUGUUAGAUCCGCCAAGUACUACGCUGAAACUCAAGCUCGGGAAAUUUUCCUUCCUUUUCGAUGUUUCUGUAGUCGUAAAGAUGUUAUAUGUAAUGAGGUUAUUUUGGAAGACGUUGACAUUUCGAAAGCUUUGAUAGAAUAUUGUCAACAUAACGCGAUUGAGGUCAUGGUUGUAAGUGCUUCAUCAAGGAAUCAAUUGAUGAGGAGGUUCAAAGGCCCAGAUGUUGCAACAAAUCUAUUCAAAGGUUGCCCUGAUUUUUGCUCUGUUUAUGUGAUCUCCAAGGGGAAAAUGUUACAAAGUCGGUCCGCCACUCGUCCUCUCCCAAGGCCUUCUAGCCGAAGCCCGCCACAUUGCCAACCCAUCCCCAAUGGUAUCCCUAUAUACGAGUCCCCCAUCCGUCCUGGUGGUUAUGUUCCAAGAGAUAGAGAAAAGAGUCAUUAUAACCCAAAUAGGAGCAUUGAAGAAAUGGACUCAAUAAGGCAAGUGCACAAUUUUUACAACGGUUGCAUCAGAUAUUUUCUACGACAUAUCAUAUAUGUAAACAACAACCAUUUAACCAUGAUCUUUAUUUUUUUUGGCAAUAGGUCACCAUUUACUAGAGGAAGAGCAGCAAAUGGCAGGGCAUAUGGUGAAAUUGGUAUGCCAGAUUCUGACAUAUCAUUUGUUAACCCUUCUUGGCCAACCAAUGAGCCAAGAAUUAGUAUUGAUCGUCCUUCCUUUGAUGCAAUGGACUGGGGUCUCGCGCCUCGGCCUUCGAGUGGAUCGGAUGCAGAUCGGAUGAGUAUUGGUUCUGUGGCAGACAGGAAAUCAAUCGAUCAAAAUGCCUUAUUGGAGUAUUCCUCUUCAAAUGCUAGUGGUUUUUCAUCAUCUUCAGAAGAUUUUGAGUCUGAGAUGAGAAGAUUGAGAAUGGAGCUCAAGAAAACUAUGGACAUGUAUAAUGCAGCUUGCAAGGAAGCACUAACUGCAAAACAAAAGGCAAGUGAGCUUCAAAGAUCAAGGAUAGAAGAAGAUCACAGGUUAGAAGAGGCACGUUACGCAGAGGAAACAGCACGAGCAAUCGCGGAGCAAGAGAAAGCCAAGUGUAGAGCGGCAAUGGAAGCAGCCGAAGCCGCUCAGAGAUUGGCAGAUCUCGAAUCACAAAAGAGAGAGUUAGCAGAAAAGAAAGCCACCAAAGAAGCAGAAGAGAAGAAGGCAGCACUUGAAGCUUUGAAUCACAAUGAUGUUAGGUAUAGGAAAUAUAGCAUCAAAGAGAUUGAAGCUGCUACUUCUUACUUUUCUGAAUCACUUAAGAUUGGUGAAGGUGGUUAUGGCCCUGUUUAUAAGAGCACUCUUGAUCAUACACUUGUUGCCAUUAAGGUUCUUAGGCCUGAUGCCGCGCAGGGAGAGGCUCAAUUUCAACAAGAGGUUGAAAUUCUAAGUUGCAUAAGACAUCCAAACAUGGUGCUCCUCUUGGGAGCAUGCCCCGAGUACGGUUGUCUAGUCUACGAGUACAUGUCGAAUGGAAGCUUAGAAGACCGCCUUUUUUGUAGAGAUAACACUCCGCCACUCCCAUGGCAACUAAGAUUCCGCAUUGCAGCAGAAAUCGGAACAGCAUUGCUCUUUCUUCACCAGUCAAAGCCCGAGCCAUUAGUGCACCGUGACCUUAAACCAGCCAACAUUUUACUUGAUCGAAAUUUUGUGAGUAAAAUCAGUGACGUUGGAUUGGCAAGGUUGGUGCCACCAUCUAUGGCCGACACAGUAACACAGUAUCGGAUGACUCAAGCAGCCGGAACAUUCUGUUACAUCGAUCCAGAGUAUCAGCAAACCGGGAUGCUAGGGACUAAAUCGGAUAUUUACUCCUUAGGCAUCUUGUACUUGCAACUUAUCACGGCUAAGCCAGCUAUGGGUUUAACUCAUCACGUACAAAGGGCUAUCGAAAGAGGGACUUUUCGAGAUAUGUUGGAUCCGUACAUACAUGAUUGUCCUUACGAAGAGGCCUUACAAUUUGCUAAACUUUCGCUUCAAUGUGCAGAGUUACGAAGAAAGGAUAGACCUGAUCUUAUUCAAAUACUUCCUGAACUUAACAGAUUUAAGGAGUUCGGUGAAGCAAAUAUGCCCACCGUCAUGUUUUCUUCAAACUCGUCAUAUAGGCCAAGUCAAGUCAUGACCAUAAACAAUUAUUCACAGGAUAGUGAAAACCCAUCAUUGCAAUCGACAGCAUCUAGCAACAGAAGCCAAACAAGUGCUUCAUCUUCAUCAGGAGAAAAAUUGUAGCAUGUAUAAAAUCCUUUUUAUUUCUCUCUCUCGUUCUCCAAUCGUAACUUUAUAACAUUUGAUCAAUGUAAACUCCCUAGAAGGCUAGAAUUUGCCUAGUCCUCUCCCCACCCGUGGACCGCCUCUUGGCCACCAAAGAAAAAGUAAAGAUGAACACAAAAUGGAUGCGUCCGAGGUGGUGUUAUGCAUAAGCUAAGUUGUGAUGAAAAAAGUGGGAGAUUAGUACAUUUUUCAGAUUUAUGUUAAGAGUUGGAUACAUUUCGACUUUGGAAUAGAGUUUUGUAUGUACAUCAAUUUUAUUAACAGAUAAUAAUUCCAUUGUCUUUUUAGUCCUUAACUUAUAGUUGUGGCAAAUUAGCAAUGUAUCUAUAAAAAUUUUGAUGUGCUCAAUGAUUCUACUU